UGGCUCGCCGCGCCCCUUCCCUUCUUAGUUGCAACCAGCCAUUGCCGGGGCGGCUUCCUGCUUACUCGCCUCCCCUCCUUUCCGUUGCUGCCUUUGCAGAACCUUCCCGAGGGCGCAGUUUUCGAGGCAGCAGCGGCGGCGGCAACAGUAGCAUUCACACACAAACACACACACACACACAGAGACCCUUCCCUCCCCACCUCGCUUCGGUCGCCAUGAAUCCCAGCUGUGCCCGCUGCGGCAAAAUCGUCUACCCAACCGAGAAGGUGAACUGCCUCGACAAGUACUGGCAUAAAGCAUGUUUUCAUUGCGAAGUCUGCAAGAUGACUCUCAACAUGAAAAACUACAAGGGCUAUGAGAAGAAGCCAUACUGCAAUGCACAUUAUCCAAAGCAAUCCUUCACUAUGGUGGCUGACACUCCAGAGAAUCUGCGCCUUAAGCAGCAGAGUGAACUUCAGAGUCAAGUCCGCUAUAAGGAGGAAUUUGAAAAGAAUAAAGGGAAAGGCUUUAGUGUAGUGGCCGACACACCUGAAUUGCAGCGAAUCAAGAAAACUCAAGAUCAAAUCAGCAAUAUCAAAUACCAUGAGGAAUUUGAGAAGAGCAAGAUGGGUGCUCCUGCAGGGGAGGGAGGUGAGCUGGAACGCCGUAAUUCCCAAGAAGGUGCCAAUUACAGGAGACCAAUUGAACAGCCGCCUCCAUCACAUCAACAAGCUCAUCAUGCCCAGCCAAGUAACCCUGUUUAUCAUCAGCAGCCAUCACAACAACCAGCCUCUCAAUCCUAUGGCUAUAAGGAGCCAGCAGCACCAGUCUCAAUACAGCGUAGUGCCCCAAGUGGAGGAGGAAAACGGUUUCGUGCAGUCUAUGAUUACAGUGCAGCCGAUGAAGAUGAGGUCUCCUUCCAGGAUGGUGAUACCAUAAUCAAUGUGCAACAAAUUGACGAUGGCUGGAUGUAUGGCACCGUUGAACGGACCGGUGACACAGGCAUGCUUCCAGCUAACUAUGUGGAAGCUAUAUGAGCUCUGUUGUAGUGCUACCCUGAAAGCCAGCAGGGCAAGGGCUCUUUGGGGUUUUUGUUCCCUUAUCACUUCUUUGCUCUCUCUUGUUAUCCAUCAUUUAUUAUGUUAUGAAUCUUUGACAUGGUCAUCUUUUUCUCUACCAAUUUAGCCUUGAUUUGGAGGCAUAUGAACUUGGGAGGGGUAUCAUGUAAUUGCCCUUCCACCCUUUUCCUCGGCCUUCAUGGAACAUAGCACUGUGCCCUUCUCCUUCUCCCUCUCCCUGGAGCUGUAUUUUUUGGAAUUGCUACUUAAUGAAUUAAAUCCUACUUCAAUUGCUACAUGGAUUAGGAAGUAGUGUGGGAACGCUGAAAAGCUGUUUAUUUGGCUGGUGGGGAAGGAGAGGAAUGUCACACUUUCAGUAACUUGGGAAAAAUCUGAGCAUUUUAUUGAAAAAGAUUAUCAGGAUCUCUGCAAUGUUGACUCUUGCUCAUUUAUUCUAUCUUAGCUUUCCUUUCCAUGAAUUUUAAAUAUCCAUUUGAAAGAAAUGGAAGUAUUUUUCAAAAGCAGGAGAGCUUUUUGUGGACUCAAAGCAGUGAGCAUAUAUGUAGUCUAUAUGGAAGAUAUGGAAGCUGCAGCAGUUUCUAGCAUAAAGGUACUUUAUACAGAUGGAAUAGUUUAGUCCAAUGAUCCUGAACCUUUGCAGACCAGCGGGGAUGGGCAAGGGAGAGGAAAUCAUUACGUUCAAGCGGUGGGUGAGCACAUGUUCACAGCUCCAUUUGCACGAGUGGCAGGCACAUGUGCCUGCUGCUCAAAUGGAGCUGCGUCAUUCACCCGCUACUCGUGCAAGUAGAACUGUGCAUGCGCAUUUGCCCACCACUUCCAUGGCCCAGUUCCAAAUGAGUUAAGGCCUGGGAUGGGGAUUGGGACCCCUGGUUUAGCAGGCUUGAUUAUAAUGUUAGCAUUGCCUCUUAGAUGCUAUCUCUCAGUCAGAGUGGAUCUCUAGUUUGUUCUGAUAUGUGGCAUGAUUAGACAGUAGUCAGAAGAAUGCUUAUGAAGAGUUGCCACUAGAACAUUUAACCUGCAUAGCUCAAAGACAUCAAGAAAGUUCAGUUGCCUUUUUUAAAGCACUUUUGGGACAACUAUGAUCAGGAUGACUAAGAACCUCCAUAGAGGCCCCUUUUUCCAGACUUCUAAUUCUUGUUGGUAUUUAAUGUGUGAAAAUAGGCAAAUUUUCCAAAUUUCUCUGUAUCAGCCCUAGCAAAAAGAGUCAUGCUUUCUACAGAGGUGCUAUCUUUGGGACCACAUUUUUGUUUUUCAUAAGUUUCUGUUCAAAGUCAAUUCUUGUAUGAGAAUUUUUUUUUAACUAGGACUCAAAAUCUUGUCAGCUAGUAGGCCGAUUAAGAAACAGCUCCAUCUUUCCUUUGUGUGCCAUUUGAGCCAAGCAAUGUUUACAGUCUAUCCUCUUUUCCACUGUUUCUUCCUGGUAGACCUAAUCCUUGGGCAAAGUCAUCAGGGGAACAAAGUCCUUUCACUAGAAAUAUUCCACUUUCUCCUUCUUUGCUGUCAGGUUGACAGUUUCUCUGCUGCAUGGGAUAAUAUGGACCAAAAUCAAAUUUCUUAUAGAAGUUUGCUAUAAAAAAAUAUAUCAGGGAACUGCUACAAAACUGGAAAUUUAUGUUGCUUGGAUAAUGUGAUUGAACCACAAAGGCAAGAAGAUUACUGAAAGUGUGAAAUUCUUAGAUCAUUCAUUGAGUAGAAAUUGCUUUCUCUUAUUUUUAAAGCUCUCCCAAGACUCACCCCUCCUGUUCAGCAAAAGUACAACCAGGAUAGCAGAAAGUAUCCUGAAAGCUGAUAUUUGUAACAUUUAAAUAUGCUACAGUUAUCAAAGGCACAUUCACUUAUUUUUUCUGGCUUUGUUCUUGUUACCUUUCCAGUGUAAAGGAUCAAUAUGAUAAAUUCUUACUACUUUGAAAUUUUUUGCCAUUCCAGAGCUGUUUGAUAUAGCUUUUUGAUCUCUGUUUUUCCCCUUGCAUAGAGAAGGCAUGUAAAGGGCUGGCGUUCUCUAUUAUUUCCACUGUUUCUGGGACUUUUUUUUCCUUAACUUUCUUUGCACUACAAAGCAUAUACAGUUAAGAAUAAAAAGCAACCAUCUCUUACAAGGGGUGCAAGCAAGGGUAUUCAUUAAGCAAGAAUUAAGGAGAACCUUUUACCUCAGUGUAUAGUUCCUCCAAAUUUAAGUAAAGGGAUGUUCCAGUAUUUUACUCUGGUCUUGUACCUUCCAUAGUUAGCAUAUGUUUGCUGGUUUGAUUUGAGCUCCUUGCCUCAUAACAUUAAGAAGCUCUUAUACAUUAUUCCAAUCAAUAUAGAAAUAGCGAUCAAAUUAUCAAGUCAUCCUUUUCGUGUUGUAGAAGCACAAACAUUUUAGAAUAUUAUUUCUUAAAAAUCCUAGUCUUUGUUUUUCCCUUAAAUGCUUGCACUAGUGAAAAAGGUGUUCAAGGAAGGAGUGUGUGUUUCCUCUUACCAUAGCAUAAUUCCAUGAACUCUGUUGGAGCCACUAGAAAGGCCAGUGAGAAUGGUAGCAGGCUUUCCUGUCAGAAGGCAAUUUGUAGAGGACUGUAGGCGUCUAGGGACCACUUACCCUUGAGGUGAGUUUUUAAAGGGUGCCCAGGGGAAUGACUGAUGGGGGUGAGAUCAUCACAUUCUUGGUGCUAAGAUGUAAGCACAAGCUUAGAAGCAACUGUUUUUCUGACUGAUGAGAAUUAGGCAAAAUCGUGUGGACAAUCUUGCAGAGGCUAUCUUUUCAUGAGGAAGAUACAAAAUAACAAUGUGAAUAAAUAUUUUUAGAGGACCAAAUAAAGUUACAAUAAAAUAGCUCAUUUUUAAAAAAAAUCUCUUCUAGCUUUUUCACCCCUUCCAUGAAAUAAAUGGUUUGUCAUUGCUUGAUUUAUUUUUUUCUGCCUUCUUUGAAUUAUGCACUUUUUAUCUUUGAUUUUUUCCAAUAUCUGAAAAGCACCUAAACCUGUAUUUAAAUAAAUAAAUGAAAAAAGAAAGAACAGCUAAAAUGCAUCUCUGUAGCCAUUGUUAUUCACAUCAUGUCUUCUGUACAUCUUAGAUUUUCAAACUAGACUUGAAUGUCUAAAUUAAUGACUUUAAUGAUUUGUUUUGAACUAUAUUUUGGGGUUUUCAUUUGUUCUCUUUGUAUAUUUCUUCACUGUGGACUUACACACCCUCUCAAAAUCAUUUGGCCUUUUUCAAUGGGACCAUAGAAUCAAAUGUAGUGCCAGUUCUCUUCUGGUUUAUGCCAAUUUAAAAAUAAAAAUAUAAUUUGUACCUGC